GGUUUGUGAACGUGGGGUCCGUGCCGCGAAAUCCGGUCCUCGGCUGCGUUUCGAUCCAUCUUUGAUAAGAGAGCAGAACAUUGCAUUUGCAUAGGAAGUAAUAUAGAUGGUUUUAAUCCUUCUUAUACUUCCUCUUAAUCAAUAGUUCUAUGAUGCGUGAAAAAGGAGAUAUUCUACCGCAGUCAAUUGCCGUGGCCUCGCGCCCUCAUUCGAGAUCGAUUUGGGUGACAUUAGUUCAAGUCGUGGCCGCCUUGGUACUGCUAAGGAACGCUUAUGAUGUAUUCUUUUCUUCACGCACGAGGCAUUCCGCAUUGGAUAAGUUAGCACAUUGCCCGCAGGCCGAACCUCUUUUUCCGCGACAUGAUAGUCCUGCGCUCUCCAAGUUAGAGGAUUACAUUACCUCGCCUAUCUUUCUUAAUGAAACGGUAGUUCGCCUAGCCGGAGCAAUCAAGAUUCCCACGCAGUCGUAUGAUGACCUUGGACCCGUUGGAGAAGAUGAGCGAUGGGACAUCUUGUUUGAUUUCGCCGCGUAUCUAGAAAAGACAUUUCCACUCAUUCAUAAGACCUUGACACUUCAAAAGGUCAACACUCAUGGGCUAUUAUACACUUGGCAGGGAUCGGACGAGACCUUGAAACCGACUGUCUUCAUGGCCCAUCAAGAUGUCGUCCCCGUAGCUGAGUCGACUGUUGACCAAUGGACGCACCCCCCCUUUAGCGGCUAUUUCGAUGGUCAUUUUAUCUGGGGUCGGGGAUCUUCCGACUGUAAGAAUAACCUCAUCGGUAUUAUGGAGGCCGUCGAGUUGCUCAUAGAUGCGGGCUUCGAACCAAAGAGAACUUUAGUCCUAUCCUUUGGGUUUGACGAAGAGAUUUCAGGGAGACAAGGAGCUGCACAGCUCGCCAAAACAUUAGUUUCCCAAUAUGGAAAAGAUGGUGCUGCAGUCAUUGUGGACGAGGGGGCUGGAACGUCAACUGUUUGGGGUUCUUCAUUUGCCCUUCCUGGCGUUGCUGAAAAGGGCGCGAUAGAUGUUGAAAUCAUCAUCCGUAUGCCUGGUGGUCAUUCGUCAGUUCCUCCUGCGCAUAAUGGAAUAGGGGUCAUGGCGGAACUUAUCACUACCAUCGAAGCCAACCCAUACGAGCCACGCCUACACCCCGAGAACCCUUUCCUUAGUCUCCUGCAAUGUGGUGCUGCUCACGGUACAGAAUUCCCUUCCAAGCUAAAGAAGCUUCUCCCAUCUCAUGACGAGCGAGCUAAGAAGGAUAAGCUUGCUUUAGAGGCAGCAAAGGAGGGUGAUAUUGUUAAGUAUCUGUUUACAACAUCGGUAGCGCCUGAUAUAAUUAGCGGGGGCGUCAAGAGCAAUGCACUACCCGAACGUAUUCGAGUACUUGUCGACCACCGAGUCAAUGUUGGCGAGCAUUCGUCUGAUGUACAAAAGAAGCUAAUAAGGUUAGCCGAACAAAUUGCUGAUAAGCAUAACCUCACGGUUCACGCCUUCAACGACGAGCCAGAAACGCCUCGAUCUAUUACCCUCAACUUAAUGCCAAACACACUAGAACCUGCGCCGGUAACGCCAACGUCUGUUGAUGGGGUGACGCCAUACUCGGUGCUCUCUGGAACUAGUAGAGCUCUUUACGGCGAGAACCUUGUUGUUUCACCAGGAAUUAUGACAGGAAAUACUGACACAAGAUAUUACUGGGACUUAACAAAGCAUAUCUUUCGGUAUGGUCCUGGCUGGGAUCCCGAACAGGAAGGGCUCGAUGGAAUACACACUGUCGACGAGAAGCUUAGUAUCUUUGCGCAUAUUAAAGGUGUUCAAUGGUACAGCCUUUUUAUUAGAAAUAUGGACGAGGCGGAAUUGGCAUAAAUCAAGCCAACAUACCUAUCUCAUUAUAUCAACAUAUCUGGUGUAAUAAAUAUGUCGACCUCCGAAAUACUUGGGGAGUAUUAUUCACAUCAAUAAAAUACGUUGGAACUUACUUACAGAUUGUUUCAAUUAUUAUCAAGGGGUUUCAAAGCCACCUAAGGCAAACUAUCUCUUUAUCCUACCUCAUAUCAAGUCUUUGAAUCUAGGACAACUGUAACUCAAAGAGUUUGGAAGCAAUGCGUCCCUAUUGGAGCCCAUUCCAUCUUCAAAACAGGUAAAUUCCCGUCAUAAAUCCCACAACCUAUCCCUAAAUUCGAACCAAUCAGACAAUUAUGGACGUGGUGCGUGCCCACGACUCAACCAAUAUUCCCUUCGCAUAUCAUCGGUCAUCGUGUCUGAUAAAACUGCCUGUACGACUUUAGCUUCAGGGUAGAGACCUACGUCUUCGAGGAGAUCGUAAACGUCGUACCAAGAGGGAUGUCUCUCUGAAAUUUUACAGUCAAGAAUUAUCUUGAAGAAAUCUUCAUGACUGGCAGUUAUAGCGAACUGGCAAAGACCUACCGCAAUCCUUGCAUAAGCAACAACUCCAACUGGGUCAACCAUGCUGGCAGCCUGGCGGAACUCAAUUGUUCUUUUAUAUUCUCUUUCGAGCUGUAUGAAGCUGUACGCUCCUUUCCUCUGUCC